UCACAAUUUUGUGUGACAGGAUCAUAGUUGUAGCAAAUCAAAAUGUGAAUACUUCAAAAAAACAUCUUUUAACAGAUUUCACUUUCGAAAUACCCUCAUUUCAAAAAUUACACGUGAUCCUUAUAUUGUGUAUCGUUUUGUGUAUCAUCUAAAUUUUGUGUACACUGGACACACAUAUUCAAACAGUUCGUUUAAAAUAUACGAAAAAUAGAAAAUAAAAUUCAGAUCUUACGAUUGUUAUGUGCUGACAUCUAUAUAGUAAAAUGGAGAAUGGAAAUAAUGAUGAAGAACAAAAAGAACUGUCUAACGAUUCUGUUCAUAGUGCUAUGAGUACGCCUAGCGAAGAAUUGGACUCUGAUGCCACUACUAUUACAGGCAAUACUAUGGGUCUUCGGUCCCCUGGUGGGCCUUUACGCGGCCGAUCCGUCAAAGAAUUCGAAGAACAACUUACUAAUCUGAAAAAAGAAAAUUUUAAUCUUAAACUAAGGAUAUAUUUUUUAGAAGAAAAAAUGGGCACAAAUUUUACACUAGAUAAGGAUAACAUUGUAAAAAAGUACAUAGAAUUACAGGUUGAUUUUGCAAAUUUGAAAAGAGAAAUGGAAGAAAAACAAGAACUCCUGUGUCAAGCCGUAAAAGCUAUGGAGUUGGAAGAUGAUGAGCAUAAAAAAUAUUUAUCAGAGAAAGAAGAACAAAUAGUUACCUAUCAGCAAGAAAUUGAAGAUCUCAGGGUUCAGUUGCAGGAUGUAAAAAGCGAUUCUGAAGGAACUUCCACAAAAUCUGAUACCACAGGACUUAGUAGCGGUAGACUUUGUGGAACAUUAGUCACUGAAUUACAAGAAAAAGUUAAAUUUUUGGAAAAUGAGCUACAUUUAGAAAAAGAGACUAACGCAUCAUACCAACUCAUAAUCGGACAAACUGAAACUCUUAAAAAACGCUACGAAAGCCUACUGAACGAAAAUCAGGCCAAGGAGGAAAGCAUCAGACAGCUGCGGCAAGAGAACGAAUUAAGUAAUUCGAGAAUUCAAAAUUUCACGGAACAAAUUAAAAACUUCCAGGAUAAACUGAAUUUGAUCUACCAAGAAAAUCAAAGCAUUAAUAAGCGAUUGAUAGAGGAGAAUAAGAUGUAUGAUGAAUUGUCUGAGCACUAUCAAGAGUUAAAGAAGAAAUAUUCGAAUGUUAAGACGGAGUUGGAAAGAGAGCAUCAAAAGUCCGAACGUGUAAAAUACGCUGGAGAAACUCGCGUCAGCGAUCUGGAAGGCGAAAACGAUAAACUGAAGCACAUACUUUCGGAGACCCAAGGCAAAUUAGAAACGGCCCUGACGGAGAUUAGGAAAAACCAAAAUUUAGCGGUGUCUAAGAGUCUGCUUCUAAAAUCCAACACAUCGCAUACUGACGCUGCUUGUGUUUCAGUUCAGAACACAACAACACCUACAGGAACUCCGCAAAAGGACCCAUUACAUGUACAGGUAGUGUCGUCGACGACGAGCGGUGCUCUCAAGAGCAGUUCGUCUGUAUCCAUUGUUUCAUUGUCAUCGUCACCAGAUAAGUUUAACAAUAUUGAUUUGGAAGAUUUGCUGGCCAACGCCGACCACGACAAAAUUCUCAGUGUGAUCAACUCAAUCAAAUAUGAUUAUGAAACACAGAGACAGAAAGUACUCAAACUAAAAGCUGAACAAUUGAAAGCAUGCGAAAUUAUUAAGAACAUGAUUGACUCCAGAAACAAGGCCAAUGAAGAGAUCCAACAGUACCAAAUACAGGUCAAAAAUUUAGAGAGGGAAUUAGAAUCGGUUGUGUCUAAACCUACCAGUGAUAGGGAUUCCCCAGUAUCGUUGAGAGAACGAGUUUCGAGAGCUAAUGAGAAACUGCUGGAGGAAUCAAAAUCUGAAGAAAAAAAGAUGGCAGAACUCUACAGAGAUUUUACCACUGAACUAGAGAAUAAGAUAGAGGUCUUAGAGGCAACAAUAAAAGAAAAAGACAACCACAUACAAGCAAUUAGAGAUCAAUACGAUGAUUUACUUAACAACCUUGAAGAAAAAGAACAAAAAAUUUUACAACUAGAAAAUGACCUAAUGUCGACGAGCUCUGGUGUUAGCAUUGACAUACCUAGCUCAGAAAAAGGCGAUACAGCAACCGAAAAACGCAGUAAAUUCUACAAAACAGAAAUAGAAGAAAAAGAUAGAGAAAUCAGUCGUUUGACAGCUGAAUUAAAAAAAUGUUCCUGUUAUCUUCAAGAAAUUGUCAACAAAGAGCUCUGGGAGAAGAACAAAGAAAUAGAAAAAUUACAUUGCCGUCAAGUAAAUUCUCCGGAAAUUCUAAAAUUAAGAAAGGAUCUUACAGGCAAAGAACAACAGCUGAAAUUGUUGAAAGAAAAAAUUUCCGAACUCGGUCUCGAUAUGAAAAUAAUGCAUGAACUUGACCUUAAAGAUGUCUCUUCACCGACGAAAUUCAUCGCAAAAUCACUCCAAGAUGAACUUAAAACUGUGAAAGAUGAAAGGGAUUACUUUAAGAACAGAGUUUUAGAAUUGGAACUGACCAGUAGCCCCGAAUUGAUUGACACACUCAGAGCGCAAUUGGAAAAGUCAGAAAAUCAUUUACAGGAGUCCAACGAAGUUUGUGUCCUACUAAACACGAGAUUACAAGAAUUGGCAAUUUUCCUGGAUUCCCUUCUCAAGCAGAAAUCCGUUUUAGGAUUCCUAGGAAUUCACAAGGAAAAAAAACUUCGGGAGAUCAUCAACAACAGCUUGGAUUUAUCGAAAUCGUUUAAUAUGAGCAUCGAUUUGAACCACGACGAAAGCCUAAGGCAACUAUCGAACAUCACCUCAAUCCUAAACGGUUCCGGCUUUAAAGAUCUGUUCCAAAACGACCGACAAGAUGCAGAUGACAGCUACGAAAUGCUGAGUAUAAUCCCAGGAAACGUGACGUUGACGUACCAAAGCCAUUUGUAUAAACAGAAAAACAAAUCGCAAAUGGAUGGCGACGAAGUUCUCACCGCUCUAAGAAGCCAAAUCGUAAACCUGAAAUCUGAGCUACAGCUCAGAGAUAUCGAGUUAAGCAGGUUGAACGCCAACGUUAAAUUAUCGGAAACCGAUGAGGAGCAGAAAUUGAACAAAUAUGCUAAAGAGUUGUCUAAGGUGACCGUCACGCCGAAUAAAAACAACACGACUUCUGCCACUUUAAAUUAUCAAAGCGAAUGUGCUUCUGAAUCGGAGGGUUGGUCGGAACCUGAUAGAGUCGUCUCUAGAGCUAGAAUCGGGUUGAGCCAGUCCUUACCGCUCAGUCCUACCGCUAAAACGAUCCGAUCGGGCGAAUCUACCGACGAUGACAAUUUGUCUGUGUCUGGACUGUACCACAAGCACCAGGAAAUCGAACGAUGCCAGGAAGCUAUCGACCUAAAAGCAGAAUUGGAGAAAAAGACUGAGCAAUUAGAAGCAGCCGAACAAAAGUUACUGAACGUUGUAGCUACAGAAGUCUAUGAAGAGGUCAAAAACAACCUCUUGGAAGCCGAAGGGAGAGCAAUAAACCAAGAAAUGCUGAGAAUAGAAGCAGAGAAUUACAUUAAAAUUCUGAAAGAAGAAAUCGACGGUUUAACCCAGCUUCAAGAGGAGUUAAAGCGAGACUUUGAAGUCAAAGAUGAACAAAUUCAAAAUCUGUUCAAACAACUCGAAGCGGAGAAAGCACGAUCUCAAAAAAUCUCUGCUAAACUGGAAGAGGUUGUUGAUAAUUCCAAAAAGCAACAAAUCGUCUUCGAAUGCAAAGAAAAAGAUUUUAAACAGCUUGAAAACCAACUUCAAAAAGACCUACUGGAGAUUGCGGUUCAAUUAGAAGAAGAACAGAACAAAUUGAAGGAUAUGCAAGCAGAAACCAUUGAAAAAAUGAAAGAGAUCGAGGAUAGUUACGAGCACAGAGUUAAAGAAAUCAAGACUUACUACAAUGACAAUUAUCUCAAUAAAUCCGAAGUCGAAAGCAAGCUUGCUUUCAAGAAUCAACUUAUCCAAGAAUUUGAAGAUUUGAAGGAAAUGGUUAAGACUUACGAAAACGCCAUUCAGGUUCACAAAAAUAAAGAACUAGACUAUGAAAAUAAUGUUUGCGAGUAUCAAGAGAAGGUUAAUACUCUGAGAAAAGAAUUGGAUUUGGUCAAUUUGGAACAUUCUGAUGCGGUUUUGCAGAAAAACAGGCUGGCUAAUGACAAAACUAUUUUGGAACAAGAACUUAGCAGGUGCAAUGGGAAGGAGCUAGAACUGCGCCAACAAAUUAACGAAAUUCGAUCAGAAAUUGACACCAUAAGCCAGAAUUACCAACAAGAAGUUUCGUUGCUUCAAAAACAGAAAUCCGACUUGCAAAUGAAAAUUAGCAUAUUGGAAUCCAAUAACGCCUCAUUACACAAUCGGUUAAUCAGAAAUCAGGAAUCGAGGCAAGACUUUUCAUCGACUGGAACCAAUAUGAGAAUUGAAACAGGAGGGUCAUUCAAUAGGCAAUUUUCGCAUUCCAGUUUUAAUUCUGAGGAAAAUUUGCAAGAGUGCAGUGGAUGCAAUGUGAACGCUUCAAUAGCUAGCAAUAGACAACCAGUAGUGGACACGGAGAGGCAAGAAGCCAACGCAUCCCCCGACUUGGGAAUUGAAAGUGACCAAGGCAGAUUUUCCAGUUUGGAAUUACACACUAAUAUAACCAGGCGGCCUUUGCUGCAGACGCUCGAGUUGACACAGUCGAUGAACAACAUGCUAGAUGAUAAUUCAGUGCGAAAUGAUAUGUGUGAUUCACAACAUUGCUGCCAAAGGACAUUAGAUAUUGCGCAAGAAAAUAUGGAUCUCAAAAGGAAACUACUAAGAAUGAGGAGGGCUGUUGAAGAGAUUACGAACCAACUGAAUUUAACGAACCAACGUAAAAAAGAGGUUGAGAAAUCGGUUUGCAAACAAAUUCACAAGACGAAUCAAGUCUUGCGUAAGGCCAAAGACAAUCUAGACUCUAAACUACAGAAAUUAGACAAUUAAAAAGAUAUGACAAUACUAAACAAGAACUAUACAGUGUUGCUUUCUCAACAAACAAUACCGACACCAGAACUAAACGUUACUUAAUUAUUUACUUAAAAUUUGGUGGUUACUGUAGCCAUAGUAAAUGUUUCUUGUUUCAAAAAUUUUUAUUACAACACCAUAUUUCUCGUAAAUUAAGUUUGGCGCUGGCCCCAUUGUCGCCCGGUAUUAGUAAAAAAAUCCUGCCAUUCUAAUUACCUACUUUUAAGUUUUAAUAUGAUACUUAAUGCGACCAUCUUCCUCGUUUUCUUUUUUAAAUUGUAAGUGUUAAAUUAUAGUAAUAAGUUUUGUAUAUUGUAUAUUUUUAAAUAAAUCUGUUUUACACCUUUGACGUAAUGAAUAGAUACACGUAUGUGCCAAUUAAUGUAAAUGAACCGUGUCGGUUAGGGUUUUUUUUAAGAAGAUAGUUAUGUAAAGAUUUUAAUUUUAAUGGCUAUUACUGAAAUCGACAGUAUUUUGUGAUAUAUUUGUAUAUUUUUGAAACAUGUAUUAUACUUGAGAAUAUUAUUAAUAAAUCUUUUUUGAUUUUUUUAAUAAAU